ACAACACGUAUAUUAUAUUGAUACGGAACAGUAGCAGUGGCUGAAAUGUAGACGACCGGAAAGACGACGUGGAGCUGGUCACUUGGCUAUCGCCAUCUUGGUCGCGCUUGGUCUAACGUUGUAAAUAUGCAUUGUAAAUAGUUAUUGCACAUGAGUUAACACAUAACAUUAUACAGAGGUAAAAUGUGGUAGACAUGUCGUAAUAUCUCUGGUGAUCGGCGGUUUUGACAUUGUCGGUACUGGCCGCGUAUGCAAACGAGGAGACUGACAUGCAACUAAGGCUUUUUUAAAAAAAAGUUCGGCCGCAUGUUACAGUCCUGUAACACGUGAAGGCGAAAGCCUGCUGCACACGUGGUAAUACAUUAAGUUAUACGAUCGGAGGGGUCAGACUCCUUGCAAGACAUAACGAGCCGCAGUGUGAAGUAAACGUAUGGCGCUGUAUGUGGACCACCUCAACGACACAUGCGAGCACCUAUUGCACUACCUACAGGUUCUUUCUUUCUUUCUUUCUUUCUUUCUUUCUUUCUUUCUUUCUUUCUUUCUUUCUUUCUUUCUUUCUUUCUUUUUCGGAUUCGUGUAACCUCAGUUAACGGACCACUGCUGCAUAACGUUCCUUUUCGAUUUAUUCAGUCGUUGUGGUGUGAACCUCUCCUCUUGUCCUUUGUGUUUUUGUCUGGUUUUUUCGUUCAAGUAUGUACCAACUGGCCCAGAUUUCAACCCUUCAUUUUAGGGGUCAACCAACCGCGCCGUCUCAACUGCCUACUCUCGCGUAUUGCAGUCGAAACGAUCGCGCCGCGAAGGGGGAGUCUUUUUUUUUUUUACCCAGGACAAAUCUGGAUGGCAAUCUUCGUACACAUCGGUCUUAUUUAAAUCCGCCAUACUGACCACACAAGGAGGUAGACGAUGAUGGGACGCCUCUUUUAAACAUGUUGUAACAUAAUGUUGCAAAUCUCGCGGAGGCGUCAGUGGAGAGCGGAGCCCGCUUCGUCCACUUGUGUGCUCUCGCUGUAUUUUGGGUUGUUUUACUUGUAACCGCGGGCUGUAGAUGUGAGAGAGCGAAAAAAAUAAUAAAGCAAGGAGUAGAAAGACAGGGAGGUCAACCAGACGAGCGUCCGGUGCAGAUGAAACAGGCGACGCUGGUAUGACGUCAUUCACAAGAAAGGCAACGCCAGACUGGUUCAAAUAGCAGAAUUGCCUGCUUUUCCUUCUUUCAGAAAUAGAUUACUAGAGCGAAAGCUAUACAAAUGGCUUGUAUUGGAACUGUCUCUUCUUUCUUUGCAUGCUCUGAACGUGGUCACGAGCCCCGAGGACUCGUUGCCGCGUGCCGGCGCCGCUUUGAACCGUGGGAGCAUCCAUCGUCAUCGUCAUCCUCGCUACCGUCGCAGUGGUCGCCGCUCUUUCGGAAGCCAGAGAAAAUGGCAGCUACGUCAGAAGAAAUGCUGCCUUCCCCGAACGUGACCCACGGUGCGGAGGCCCCGGGCUUGGCGGGACAGCCGACAGCGAGCCUGAGCGGAGAAUGGGCAGCCGGCCUUAGCGACUUCGCAUCGUCGCCACAGGGUACGGCCGGCAAGCCGACCGCCGGGCUCGGCAAGGGAUCGUCGUCCAACCUCGAUGACGUCGAGACGAAAACCGGAACAACGGACAAAUCGAGCGCGACGCUGAGCGCCGAGCAGCUGGCGGGUGUCGAGAAGAGCGAGUCGAUGAAAGAGACCUUGGCCAUGGCCUGCAAACUGAACGUGAGCCUCAGUGAGGAACAACUGGCCGACGUCGUGCAUGACGUGUCCAAGGAGGCGGCCCUUGCCGUGGUAGACACGCUGAAUGUUAUGGACUGCGUUGGCAGCAGCGCGUCAACGAAGGAAGCCACGCUCCUUAGCGGCAAGCUGAACACGAAGAUAGCCGACGCCGCGAACGCCGGAUCAAAAACGCAGGCCUCUGAACUAUCGAGUAAGCUAAGCGCCGAGUUGAAGGCAGAGCCAUGCCCGACUUUCGAGCUGAACGCAAACCUGAGCGACGAUCGGGUGGCUGAAUUAAAGAAGGUCUUUGAAGGCUACGAUGCCCAAGGAACCGGCAAAAUUCCUGUCUCCGAGCUAGGAAGCGUGAUGCGCAGUCUGGGAUACAAACUCACCGACUCGAUGCUCCGGGAUUUCUUAGGACCCGUAAAGCGCACCGGCAUUACCUUCAGCGAGUUCAUCACCAUGAUGGCCAAGGACGUGCUGGCGGUGGAUGCCGAGGAAGAGUUCAAGCAGGUGUUCAAGGUGUUCGACCGAAAUGGUGACGGCUUCGUGAGCUGCGCAGAGCUUCGACAUGCGAUGACCACGCUGGGCCAGAAGCUGUCCACGGAAGACGUGGACGAGAUGAUUCGAGUGGCGGACAAGGACGCCAAAGGGAAGCUGACCUUCGACGAGUUCGUUACCAUGGUAACAUCCAAGUGACUUCAAGGGCGGUGGCGGCGGUAGGAAUCAAAAUUCGGACAACUCCUUUGCCUUCAGUUGAGCAAGAAUGUGAAGUUUAUGACAAAAAAAAAAUCAAGUGACUGACCGAAAUAACUUAGGCUUAAUUUGCGCUUUUCUUUCUUGUCGCUCCAUACGCUCUGGCCAUCGAAUAAACAAACUUGUUCUUA